GGCGGCGCGGAGGCGACCGUUGGGCGCGCGGGCGGAGCGGAUCGCUGCCGGCGGGCGAGUGGCCGGGCACUAUUUCAAGAAAAAAUAUGGUAGCAUCAAGUUUUCCCUGAACUAUGGAUCCCCUGGAAUAGUGAACUAUGCUCCUCGUCUUAGAAGCACAUCGAGAUGUAUAGAGCAGGGGACACGGCAGAGCGCCCGCUGCACGGGACGGCGCCCCCUCGCAUGAGGAGUGUGGAGGUGGCCCGAGGAAGAGCAGGGUAUGGAUUCACCCUUUCUGGUCAGGCUCCUUGUGUGCUCAGUUGUGUCAUGAGAGGGAGCCCUGCGGAUUUUGUGGGCCUCCGCGCUGGAGAUCAGAUAUUUGCUGUCAAUGAAAUCAAUGUGAAGAAAGCGUCCCAUGAAGAUGUAGUGAAAUUGAUUGGGAAAUGUUCUGGUGUCCUACACAUGGUGAUUGGUGAAGGCAUCAGCCACUUAGAGUCCUGCUCCAGUGAUGAAGAAGUUGGAUUUUAUGAAGGAAAAGGCUGGCUGAGGCCCAAACUUGAUUCUAAAGCAUUAGGUAUCAAUAGAGCAGAGAGAGUCGUUGAAGAAAUGCAGUCUGGUGGAAUUUUCAAUAUGAUCUUUGAAAAUCCUAGUCUUUGUGCAAGCAGUUCAGAGCCCUUGAAAUUGAAACAAAGAUCCCUUUCAGAGUCGGCCGCUGCACGAUUUGACCUUGGGCAUGAAUGUAUAAAUAAUCGGACUUCCAACCUGCUUUCUAAAGAGGAAAUAGCAAAAGUUAUUAACGAUGAUUCGGUUUUCACUAUUGGACUAGAGAAUCAUGAAGAUUUUGGAUUAGAUGCAAGUAUUUUAAAUGUUGCCAUGGUCGUAGGCUACUUAGGUUCUAUUGAACUUCCUUCCACAAGCUGCAACCUGGAGUCUGACAGUUUACAGGCCAUCCGUGGCUGCCUCCGGCGCCUGCGGGCAGAGCAGAAAAUCCAUUCUCUGGUGACCAUGAAGAUCAUGCAUGACUGCGUGCAGCUCUGCACCGACAAAGCUGCUGUCCUGGCCGAGUACCCAGCCGAGAAGCUGGCAUUCAGCGCUGUGUGCCCAGAUGACAGGAGGUUUUUUGGGCUUGUGACCAUGCAGACGAGUGAUGAUGGGAGCCUGGCACAGGAGGAUGAAGGUGUCUUGCGGACUUCCUGCCACGUGUUUAUGGUGGAUCCAGAUUUGUUCAAUCACAAGAUCCAUCAGGGCAUUGCUCGGCGGUUUGGGUUUGAGUGCACGGCUGACCCUGACACCAAUGGCUGCCUUGAAUUCCCGGCGUCCUCUCUCCCUGUCCUCCAGUUCAUCUCUGUGCUGUACAGAGACAUGGGCGAGCUGAUUGAGGGGGUACGGGCCCGGGCCUUUGUGGAUGGGGAUGCAGAUGCCCAUCAGAACACUAGCACCAGCAGCAACAGUGACAGCGGCAUUGGAAAUUUCAACCAGGAAGAAAAGAGCAGCCGGGUGCUCGUUGUCGACCUGGGCGCCAGCUCUGGCAGGCAUGGCACCAGCAGCAGCACCUGGGAGGGAGUGGGUGGCAGGGGCUCCCAGCCCUGGGGCGCCCCCUGGAACGGGGCCUUCUCCCAUGACCCUGAAGGGGGACCCCUGUUUGAAGCUGCCUCACAGGGUGACAGGUGUCGGGACUUCACUAAGCAUUUAGGGCCCGCCUCUCAUGUGGAGGUCCCCCCGGCCUCCUUGCGGAAUUCAGUUCCUCCUUCCAAGAGGGGUGCUGUGGGCCCUGGUGGUGGUUUUGGCCAGCGGUGGCUUCCAGUUCACGUUCUGCAGGAGUGGCAGUGUGGACACGCCAGCGACCAGGAGUCUUACACGGACUCCACCGACGGAUGGUCCAGUGUCAACUGUGGCACACUGCCCCCUCCUAUGAGCAAGAUUCCCGCGGACCGCUACAGGGUGGAGGGCAGCUUGGCUCAGCCCCUGCUGAGUGCCCAGAAAAGGGACUGGUCCAGGAAGGCUUUUGGGAUGCAAAACAUUUUUGGUCCGCAUCGAAAUGUUAGAAAGACUAAGGAAGACAAAAAGGGCUCGAAAUUUGGGCGGGGAAUUGGACUCACUCAGACUUCUCAACGCACCUCUGCUCGGAGAUCGUUUGGAAGAUCCAAGAGAUUUAGUAUCACUCGCUCCCUUGAUGAUCUUGAGUCCGCAACCGUAUCCGAUGGUGAGCUGAACGGUGCCGACCUGAAGGACUGCGUGAGCAACCACAGUCUGAGCAGCAAUGCCAGCCUCCCCAGUGUGCAGAGCUGCAGGCGCCUGCGUGAGAGGAGGGUUGCCAGCUGGGCUGUGUCGUUUGAGCGUCUUCUGCAGGAUCCUCUUGGUGUUCGAUACUUCUCUGAUUUUCUAAGGAAAGAAUUCAGUGAAGAAAACAUUUUAUUCUGGCAGGCCUGUGAAUAUUUUAAUCAUGUGCCUGCACACGACAAAAAAGAGCUUUCCUACAGGGCCCGUGAAAUUUUCAGUAAGUUCCUGUGCAGCAAAGCCACCACUCCAGUCAACAUUGACAGCCAGGCCCAGCUGGCAGAUGACAUUCUCAGCGCCCCUCACCCCGACAUGUUCAAGGAGCAGCAGCUCCAGAUUUUCAAUCUGAUGAAGUUUGAUAGCUACACUCGCUUUCUGAAGUCCCAGCUGUACCAAGAAUGCAUCCUGGCAGAGGUGGAAGGCCGCUCUCUCCCUGACUCGCAGCAGGUCCCCAGCAGCCCGGCCUCCAAGCACAGCAUCAGCUCAGACCACUCCAACGUGUCCACGCCAAAAAAGUUGAGUGGAAAAUCAAAAUCAGGAAGAUCCCUGAAUGAAGAACUGGGGGACGAGGACAGUGAGAAGAAACGAAAAGGAGCCUUCUUCUCUUGGUCAAGGACCAGGAGCACUGGGCGGUCCCAGAAGAAGAAGGACCACAGCGACCAUCCAAAUGACCCCCUGCAUGCCAACGGAGGCCUGGGCCGCAGGGAGUCACAGGGCUCCGUGUCCUCUGCGGGGAGCCUGGACCUGUCGGAGGCCUGCAGGACCUCAGCACCCGAGAGGGACAAGGCCGCCAAGCACUGCUGUAUCCAGCUCCCAGACGGGACGUCCUGCGUGGUGCUCGUCAAGGCGGGGCUGUCCAUCAAAGAGGUCCUCUCCGGGCUCUGUGAGCGACACGGCAUCAACGGGGCUGCUGUGGACCUCUUCCUGGUGGGCGGGGACAAGCCUCUGGUGCUGCAUCAAGACAGUAGCAUCUUGGAGUCUAGGGAUCUGCGCCUAGAAAAACGUACUUUGUUUCGGCUGGAUCUGGUUCCAAUUAAUCGGUCAGUGGGACUCAAGGCCAAGCCCACCAAGCCCGUCACAGAAGUGCUGCGGCCCGUGGUGGCCAAAUAUGGCCUGCACCUGAGUGAGCUGGUGGCCAGGCUGAGUGGAGAGAAAGAGCCACUGGACCUUGGUGCCCCCAUCUCGAGUCUGGACGGACAGCGGGUCAUCUUGGAGGAGAGGGACCCUUCCAGAGGGAAAGUAUCCACAGAUAAACAGAAAAGUGCAGCAGUCAAACAGAAUAUAGCUGUAAAUGCCAGUUCCAGAAACCACUCGGCUACGGGAGAGGAAAGAACACUAGGCAAGUCUAACUCUAUUAAAAUAAAAGGAGAAAAUGGAAAAAAUGCUAGGGAUCCCCGGCUUUCAAAGAGAGAAGAAUCUAUUGCAAAGAUUGGGAAAAAAAAAUAUCAGAAAAUUAAUUUGGACGAAGCAGAGGAGUUUUUUGAGCUCAUUUCCAAAGCUCAGAGCAACAGAGCAGACGACCAGCGCGGGUUGCUGAGGAAGGAGGACCUGGUGCUGCCUGAGUUUCUGCGUUUGCCUCCCAGCCCCACCGAGCUCGCCCUCUCCUCCCCGCCCACCGCCAAGGGCUUCGGCAAGAGGACAGCGGCAGCGGCAGGCCACGGCAGGGAGGAGGCUCCCCAGCCCAGAGAGCCCCAGGGGCCCGCCCGAGACUGCCGCGACAGCCCAGCGACAAGCCCUGGCUCGGCCGACAGCCUGCCCUUCUCUGCGCCCCUGACCCCCACGCCCCGCGCGCAGGAAGUGGAGGCCGGGGGCGUCCAGACUGUGGAGGGCGAGCACGGGGCCGACCUGACGCUCACGGGGGAGGGCGACAUCAGCAGCCCUAACAGCACUUUACUGCCGCCACCCCCCGCCCCGCAGGACCCCACCCCGCAGGACCCGGCCGGACCUCCGAGACCAGGAGGCGGGGCCCGAGGCAGCCAAGGCCUCCCGGUCAGCACAAUCAUCGAUGUGGACCGCGUCGCUGGCUUGGCACCCGGGCUGGGCGGCAGCGUCUCAGGAGUGCGGACAGGCCCCCGGAGGUCACGGGCCAGUGGGCCCCCAACAUCAGACCUCCCUGGCCUGAGCUCCAUCCCAGACCGGCCGGCCAAGCCCAAAGCCAGCCCGCACCACGCGACCUUCGUCUGAGGCUGCCCGCAGCCCUGCCCCCGCCGGCCGUCCCUCCUGAGCCUGCGUCUGAACUGUGCCGCCUGGAUACACGUGUGGAGGCCCGUGAUCUCGAGGGGCAGCCUGAGCCCAUCUUGAGGGCCUUGGAGCCAAACCAGGACAGGGCCGAGGGACCUGGCCUUGCCACGGCUGGCUCAUAGGGCUCCUCAGACCCUGCACCCCAGAUGCCCCUCAGCAUCCAGCAUUCCCCCAAUAAAGUGAC